AUGGCUGAAGAACAACCUCAGGUUGAACUGUUCGUGAAGGCCGGCAGUGAUGGGGCCAAGAUUGGAAACUGCCCCUUCCAGAGACUGUUCAUGGUACUCUGGCUCAAAGGAGUAACCUUCAACGUAACCACUGUUGACACCAAGAGGCGGACCAAGACAGUACAGAAGCUGUGCCCAGGAGGGCAGCUCCCAUUCCUUCUGUACGGCACUGAAGUGCACACAGACACCAACAAGAUUGAGGAGUUUCUGGAGGCAGUGCUGUGCCCUCCCAGGUACCCCAAGCUGGCAGCUCUGAACCCUGAAUCCAACACGGCUGGGCUGAACAUAUUUGCCAAAUUUUCUGCUUACAUCAAGAAUUCAAACCCGGCACUCAAUGAUAAUCUGGAGAAGGGGCUCCUGAAAGCCCUGAAAGUUUUAGACAAUUACUUGACAUCCCCCCUCCCAGAAGAAGUGGAUGAGACCAGUGCUGAGGAUGAGGGCAUCUCACAGAGGAAGUUUCUGGAUGGCAAUGAGCUCACUCUGGCUGACUGCAACCUCUUGCCAAAACUCCACAUAGUACAGGUGGUGUGUAAGAAAUACAGGGGAUUCUCCAUCCCAGAGGUGUUCUGCGGAACGCAUCGGUACUUGCGUAAUGCCUAUGCUCGGGAAGAGUUUGAUGAUGAGGAGAUCGAGCUGGCUUAUGAGCAAGUGGCCAAGGCCCUCAAAUAAGUCCCUCCUGAGGCUCCGUCUCUCCUCUCCAUUUUCUCCACAAAGACACCAGCUGGUUUUCACGUGGCUACCCAAAGGACACACUUCAAAAUGGCCAGUGGGCAAAGAAUCCUGAAGCGCUUCUACAGGGCUGGCUGGG